UGAUAACAAAAUAACUAAUAGCUUUGACGGUUGCUAGGAUAUUUUUGACAUACGAAUCAAAACUUUGUUAUAACGUAAUCUUCCUGAUUAAUUUAAAUAAGGUAGUUGUUCUGCCGUUGCUUUAUUUUGAAUGUUAUGGAGCGAUUUACGUGGAAUGAAUUGGCAGAUAUGCCUUUAACCCUUGGUGAAUCCAGAGGAAAUGCUGUAUUGGCUCGCGCGAUUUAUGCUGAACGUUUUCCCAAUCGAAUGGUCCCAGAGAGAAGAUUUUUUCUUAAGGUCGACAGGAGUCUACGUGAGAGAGGACAAUUACAAGUGAACCCAGGCAUAAGAGUUCGUGCAAGACCUAUUCGUGAUAAUGUUGAGGAGGAAAUACUUCACCAUAUUGAAGAGGAUCCAAAUACAAGUACCCGAAAAAUUGCUGAUCACCUGAGGAUAAGCCAAACGUUGAUAUGGAAAGUUUUGCAUGAUAACCACCUUCAUCCAUUUAAAAAACAAAAGGUUCAGCAUCUGUUGCCCCAAGACUAUGCUAAUAGGUUCGCUUUUGCCGCGUGGUAUCUUCAACAAGGGGCUGAACACCCAGACAUUCGCCAAGCUAUUUUGUUUAGUGACGAAUCAACGUUUUGCCUGGGCUGAUGAAAACCCUCAUGCUAAAUUUAUCCGUGGCUGCCAACAAAAAUUCUCUGUGAAUGUUUGGGCAGGCAUUGUAGGGGAGAACUUGAUUGGUCCGUACAUUUUGCCAAGACGUCUCAUUGCAGGGAAUUAUUUGAUUUUUCUUCGAGAUGUAUUGCCUGAACUUUUAGAAGAUGUGCCAUUGGAUGUUCGGCAAAUAAUGUGGCUUCAACAUGAUGGUUGUCCGGCACACUAUGGUCGCGUUGUCAGGGAAUAUUUGAACCAAAGAUAUCCUAGACGUUGGAUUGGGAGGGGAGGCCCAGUGGCUUGGCCAGCGCGCUCCCCCGAUUUUAAAUCCCUGUGAUUUUUAUUUGUGGGGUCAUUUGGACCGACUUAUUUAUUCUAGACCUGUGCCAGAUGAACAUGAUCUUUUGGCUCGCAUUGCAGUAGCUGCAGGCGAAAUUAAAGAUAUGGGUGAAGUUAUUCAGAAAAUUCACGACAAUUUAACAUUACGCUGCAGGCUCUGUAUCCAACAAAAUGGCGGCCACUUUGAGCACUUUUUAAAUUGAUUAUUAUUAUUUAUUAUUUAGUAUUUUUUAACGUUAUCCAAUAAAUUUUUUUUCCUUAGUUUUUAUUAAAGUUAUUUAUUUUUAAAUUCUGAUAAAAUGGAGCCUUUUGGGAAAAAGAUGCAGGAUACUUUUUUUUCUGUUAAAUAAACCAAGGAUUCUUAAAAUUUUUGAUUAUCAGUGGCGUACUAUUUUUUUUUUAAUAAAAAAUUACUAUAAUGCCUAUCUGAUCUACGCCACUGGUUGAAACUAAAACAUUUACUUUUUACAUUUAAAGCAUCUUUAUUAGGUAGCUUUAUUGAGAAAAU